ACAUAAAAUGUGGAUAAAAGGUCGGGGUUAAAUAAAGUCCAAACACUAGAGAACCCCCUUAAAACAAAUCCCACUCAAGUCGGCAAAGCUUCGACCGGUGAUCAUCUUUUGCGCAGACUCUCUGUGUCUCAGAAUCGACCAUACAAGCACGUGCAGUCGCUGACUGCUUCUGUUCAUCAGAAAUCUUCCAGGCGUUUGGACCAGCUCUUCAGCAUCAUUUUUCACACCGAUGCUGAUCGAAGCAGAACUUAAUGAGAAUCACAGUUGUCUGUAACUUCUUAUCGGUUUCGCUGCGCUGUGUGGUUGUUCGUGAACUAGAGAUGUUGGGUUAAAGUUCGUUCGUGGAUAUUUAAGAAAGAAAUAUCCAACGCACAUAUAUGAUAUAAAACUUUAGUCGUACAAUAUACAAACUCUUUUUUUAAUGUGAUUAUGUACUCCAAAUACUAUUAGAAAGUUAAAACUUAUUGAAUAUCUCAUUGUGAUUAAAAUGGGUUAAUUAAUGCAUCUAAAAAUUUAAUCAAUAAAAAGUUAUAGAAUUUUUCCUGAUAUAAAGAAAAAUAAUGAAAUGACAAUUUGUCUUUUGGAUAGACUUAACUAAAAUAACCAUUGAGAAUAUUGGAAUGCUAAAUUUCAAGCAUGGUACUGGAUAUAGGUUUUAAACAAUGCGUCCCGCAUUGUUUAUUUGUGGUGAUAAUAUUUGGAUUAAUAUCUAAUUCAAUUUCUAUCCCUGAAGUGGAUAUCAGUCACCCUGUGUUUGCCGAGCCAAUACCAAAUAUCACUGUAACGGCAGGAAGAAACGUGAGCUUACCAUGUGUCGUAGACAAUCUCCAAAAUUAUAGGGUUGCUUGGAUACAUACAAAUAAAUAUACUCUUCUGACGUUACAAAACAGAGUCAUUACAAGAAGCUCCCGAUUCAAAGUAAGCAACAACAGUCUCAGAACAUGGUUUCUACAUAUUUAUAACGUACAAGAACGGGAUAGAGGAGAGUAUAUGUGCCAAAUCAACACUAUUCCAAUGAUGACGCAAGUUGGAUAUUUAAAAGUAAAUGUUCCACCAUAUCUUGAUGAAAAACAUACAAGUUCAGACACAGAUGUGAAAGAAGGGAGUGACAUUAGUUUACGGUGUUUAGCAAAAGGUUUCCCGGAACCGGAGAACACGUGGAGGCGAGAAGAUGGUCAAGAAAUAUCAUUAGGAAAAAACAAAGUAACCUCAUUUAAGGGGCGCUACUUAAACAUUACAAAAGUAACUCGUCUUCAUAUGGGAGCCUACCUGUGUAUAUUUUCAAAUGGAGUCCCUCCAUCUUUAAGCAAAAGAAUUCUUUUAGGUGUUACUUUUACUCCGAUGAUAUGGAUUCCCAAUCAACUUGUUGGAGCUCCUGUAUCAACCAAUGUUUUGCUUCAGUGCAACUUAGAAUCUCAUCCAAGAUCUGUAACAUAUUGGAUAAAGGAGGGAGGGAUUAUGGUCUUGUCUAACUCAAAGUUCAGAAUUGAAGUCCAACCAACAGUUUUGUACAAAUUUCAAUUGAAGUUAUACAUUCAAAACUUGCAGCCAGAGGAUUAUGGAUCAUACACUUGUGUUGCUAAGAAUUCGUUGGGGGAAACACAAGGGACGAUACGAUUAUAUGAAAUUCCCCCUCCUUCGUCUGUUAUGAUUGCCUCAGGAGAGGACAUACAUCUUUCGAAAUCAGAAAAAUUACGAAAUGGCCAGAAUAAUUUCAAAAAGCACAAAGAAAAAAACUAUUCUGAUCAGGAUCCAGCUGACCAACACUCAAGUAUUCAUCCAAAAGAAGAUUUUUCUCAUACACUAGAAAAGGAAGGCAAUGGAAACUUUUCAAAUAGAGGAUUGGAUUUUCUGUCCCCACUGGCGUAUAUUCUGUUAGUGUACUCUCAAUACUUUUUUAAAUCAUAUGUAUCAUGAUUUAAACUUGAAAGACUAAACUUGCUAACUGUAAAAAAACGUUUUUGGAUGUAAAUAACAGAUAUUUUCAAAUGAAAAUAGAUUAAACUAAGUUCAAGGUCA